AGUCCAGAACUUUUCUACACGACACAUAUGCCCUGAAACAGACUUUAGCAGGUUUUGUCAACGUCCAUUCAGGGAAUUUUGUCAAGCGUCCCUGAAUAGAGGAGGUUGUGUCAAAAUAUUUUAAAGGUGUCCCGUACAAGCCCGUUUACAGGUAUUUUACAGGUGAGAACUGGCUUUGGUGAUAAAUUACCUGUACUGUCAGUGUGGCUUUCGCAGCAGGUUGAGAUAGUAACAAGUCGAGGCUGUAUACAGGAGAAAAAACCUAAUUUCGUAUUUCGUGCUGAUAUACCCUCCUUUGUCAAGAUUCCUGUCUCCAGGAGCAAGCUAACUGAUUUGCAAGGUGAGGACGUUUGGCUGUCGCGCUUGGCUGGUUGAGAAGAUGACUCGUCUUAACUUUACCCGUUGACUCCCCCGUAAACCUCGCGGACGACCUGGAAUUCCAUAGCGAUUCAACCCGGAUGAUAUUUUGUACUUUUUGUGGUUUAUGUAAAGUGGAUGUUUUCUCCACUAACGUGGGUAUCAGCUGUUGUAUUGUAGGUAUAAAGUGCGUAAUAAUUAUAUAGGAGUUUACAAUUUAAAGGACGUGGUGCAAGGUACGGGUAUUUAGAUAUUUAGGAUCGCGGCCUUAGGAUACCUGGUUGUCAAAACUCCACGGUGAUAUAUAGUGACAUUAUAUAUUGUGUGUAUCUCGUGAAUCUGUCCUAAUCUCGGAGUCAGGAUUCACACUGGACACCUGUGGCCACAUACCAUUCAUAUAAUUAUAUAUGAGUACGGCAUUCCGACGACGACAGAGCGAUGACCGCCCGCUGGACAACGCAGACCCAAACUGACCAUGUCCGGAGUUGAUGAGCCAGUGGGAGCGUUCUCGGCAGGAGCGUCCAGCACGCAAGACAUUUCGAGGGUCGGUUUUGGUUACCCUGCUGCUGGAGAAACACCCAAAGCGAUUUAGGAGCAGAGUCUCAGCUUCAAUAUUUGCAAGGAAAUUAUUUCGUGAAGGUAAAAUAUUAAGUGUGUUCGGCGCCAGUGCUUUUGAGGAUUCUGAUCAGCAGUUUUACUGGAGUGAUACUGAGUCUAGGAAGCAAUGGCAUUUGAUAAAGUCUUCGCCAUCAGUGCAUUCAUAUGAAAUAAAAAAUAACAGGACGAUUGGAAAAAUAGUUGAAUCGGAUGAUGAAACAAUAUUAGAAAGUGUAAAAGGGGAAUUAAAUUCCAAAUCAGAAAAGCCAUCUGUUUUAAAGACAAUUAUUAAACAGCUCAAAGAGGAUUGUUCAGACUUGAAAGAAAAUGAAACAAAACCAAAAGUGUUGAAUUAUUCAUCUUAUGAUGAUGAUGAUCGGUGCAUAACAACUAGUGAUUCUUAUACGGAUAGUGUUACUCAACGCUACAGUAAGUUCAAGGAAAGAACGCGAUUCGGGGGAGGUUUAUCAUUUCCGAUGGCGUCACGAGAUCAUGACGUCAUUCCUGAGGAGGAACCCUCCCUGGAUAAAACCGGAAACUCAUUGGAACUGGAGCUCACACCCAGGAAUUCGGAACAUUCUAGUGUUAUAGAACAACCAGUGCAUUCCGAACAGAUGAGAGUUUCCCAACAGUCGAGGAAUUCUGACCAGUCCAGGGUAACUGAAACACCGACAAGGCGAUGGCUUGAUGGACAGAAUUCAUACUCAGAUAAUGAAAAACAACUUAUAGAAGAGAUGAACCGGAUGAAAGAGGAUCAUUCGAUCACUCUCACUGCUUAUGAGGAGCGUAUCAAAGACCUGAUGGCGCGGAUGCACGAUUUAAGAGGAAUUGCCGAAAUGUUAGAAAACUCCAGUAAUAAAUCCUCUCCUUAUGGAAUCCUUCCUCCCAGAUCAAGUUUGUUUAACUUCAUAGGUGCUAGAUUGGAGCAAGAGAGAAAACAGGCAACGGCAGCUCUGGGGGGUGAACCAGAAUUACCUCCUCCCCUACCUCCACGGCCGGGGCGCACCAACAAAGUCUACCCCAACAAACCCAUUAUUCAUCCGAAAGUGAAGAUGAAACAACUGGAUUGGUCGCGAAUUAUCAUCAAAGAAACAGGUGAAGGGACGCCUUCUACAAUUUGGCACACGAUGGUGGAACCGAAACUUGAGGCUGAAGAAGCAGAAAGGUUAUUCCAGAACGCAGAGAGUGCAGAGGUUAAAUCUUUAUAUGACGACAUCGCUAGAGUAAGAGGCAAGACGAAACAACAGCUGGUGACAUUACUGGAUGUUGAAAAAUCUCGGCGAGCUGUCUACACUAUGAAAUCUCUACCAUGUUCUAUGAAUGAUGUCAUCAGCGUUGUAACGUCAUUGGAAACGAAACAAAUAAAUUCAGACAGAUUUGCAGAACUCCUCGAACUCAUCGGCGGAGGAAAUGAAAUAGAGAAGGUGCAGUUCCAUGUUCGACGGAAAACGUCAGCAUCUCUUGACUAUCCUGAGUACAUGCUGUAUGAGAUGUCCAAAGUAAGUCACUGUAAAGAGCGUAUGGACUUCCUCAGGUUUAGAUACAGAGUACAGUGGCACCUUUUUGAAACAGAACAACAACUAAAAGAACUCCAUACAGCAUGCGAGGAAGUUUCUAAUAGCGCUGCUCUCAAAAAUCUGCUUCAAUCUCUGCUUGCUGUUGGCAACUAUCUAAACGGCGGAUCAGAAAACGGUCAAGCAGAUGGUUUUGGUUUAGAAAUCAUGAACCGACUUAAGGAGGUUCAGGACAGGGAUGCCAAGAGUAACUUGUUGGAGUUCGUACUGAAGUUGUACUGCCAAUGUUACGAAGUGGAAAUCGAGCUGGGUUGUCCGACCAAGUUUCGUCUUCCAGAACCUUCAAACAUGCGACAUGCAGCACAGGUUUCGUUUGAAAAUAUCAACGAAGCUUUAUCUAAUAUGAAAGCUGAAGUAAGGAGCACGAGAGAAAAGUUCCUAGUCAUGUCUACAAAAGAUGUCAUGGACCCCAGGGACAACCUAUGGGCAACUACCGAAAAUUUCAUGACCUGUGCCUUGGAGAUCAUCCUGGACGAGGAGCGUCUUCUACAAGACACGCGUUCCUACUUCCGGCGAACAACUGCCUACUUCUUAAUGGACCCGGAUACGAUUACACCUCAGGAAUUCUUUCAAUUGUGGGCAACCUUUCUACACGACUGCAAGUACUAUUGGAAACUGGCUCAUCGUAAACUAGGCAAAGAACGCUUCGAGAUAGACUUCAAACACAGAGCUCAACUGGCGGCGAUGUUUGGUCACAAGUUCAUGGAUACAUUCCAAAAUCCCCCUGCCACACGUCGAACAGCAAAUCUACAAAAAGAAGGACAAAAUGUAAAGGAUGUAGUAGCUCCCAGCCAGAGCGCACAGGUCAACGGGUAUUCCGACCACACCGACAAAGAUGCCACCCCAAAGGAUGUGUCCACAACCUACAAAUCUCAUUUAAACGCUCUUCAGGAAUCUCAUUCACCAAAACAACUGACAUGUGAACCUCCUUCAUCUGGUCUUCACAAGCCCCUUCCCAAAGCUGCUUCAACUACCUCGGUGCCCUCGGAAAAUGGAAUCCCGGGAGCACACAACUACGAAAAUCACGAGGACAUGGAAAGAAUGAUCGCAGAGUCUCGGUCAGGCACGUCACAAUCAGAUACAUUGGAGUGGGCUGGGAAAAAGAACGAUAAACCCCAGUUUAAUUUUGUAUCGUGGCUCAAACGAGAGCCUGGUAAACAAAACAAUACUGCUGAAGGUAAAAGUAAUGCCGACAUGUCACAUCAGGCCACGGAGCGACAGCCAGUAUCUACACAAAACUCUACCUCCUUUUCUAAAUUCAAAAACUCUGUGGUGCAGAAAUUUACGCACUCGCCCUCAGGCAAACGGACGGCAGAAGUUGCGGGGUUACAGGAAAACCGAGACACACCACAUGGAUCACCGAUGACUUCACUUCCAUCUUACAUGCCACUUCGAGUUGUAGUUUCUGAGAAUGAGAUUAGUCCGUAUGUAACGAGUAUGGGGAGAGACAGUAGGCAGGCAACGGCCCGAUAUCAUGAAUCUCAAAAAUACGCAACACAACCGGGGGGUAGUAUCUCGCGUGAUUACCGGACAAAUCCUGCUGAACGUAGGAAUGUGCAUGAUACUCGUAUCAUGACGACGGGAGGAGGCAAAGGACGCACAGGCUCGAACGUAUCAACUGAAUACGCUGGAUUGUACCACACGCCACCGUUUCAUGCACCCAUCGACAAAGAUGGUUACUCAUCUCCAAACAUAAUCGCUAACAAUUUCGAAAAAAGUGAUAUAAACAACAAUACAACUCCCAAGAAUGCUAACCGUGAACCCACGACAAACGGUGUGGUGAGGACACGCGCGCCUCUUCUCUUGGGCAGCAAUAUCAGCAUAUCCGACGCAUACCCACCUCACGACAGAGAAGGACUUCCAACAAGGCACCCCGUAUUUGAACAAAGUGUCAGCCGACGGUCUGAUAAGCCUACACAUGCAUUCCAACAUACACCAACUAGUGUUCCGUCGUAUAGUGCAAAACGUGUUCACAAUUAUGAAAACCAAGGUCGACUUGAAACCGGACCAGGCGUAAAACACAGAGCAGACCCGGUUGCAUUCCCCCCUACGACGGUCACACCAUCGUCACAACCGCCUGUGUCGUCACAUAUGAACACUUUUCCUUUAACUAGCAGAUCCAGUGUCACUCCUACCAGUUCACAAAACUUUCCAAGUAGUACACAAAGUACUCCAGCCAAAAAUCUUGCUUACCAUCGAGUACAUGAAACACCGAGCGUGCAGGAAAACACUCCAGGUUCUAGUUCAAGACAACCACCAGCUAAACCUUCGCGGAAUUUACAUCUGAACUUUGGUCAAGAUAGCCGAAGGGAUGAGAAAAAAUUGGCAGCUUCUCUUGAUAGACUCGAUAGGAAUGGACACUCUGUGCCUUCUAUAUCUACCCUUAUUAAUCGCUUUGAGAAAAAGCAAAAUUUACUUGAAGCCGUAAAUAAUGAGGAGAAAUUGUUGGCCAAUGACGUAGCAAAGACGCUUACAAUGACUUCAACGCCAGUGAUCUACAAGAACCCACCUGGGUUGGACGCGGAUGAAAACGAACCCCCGCCGGUUCCACCAAGAUCUGACCACAGUUUCCAAGACAAUUAUCCCUCUGAUAGUCUAGAUAGUCGGUCUUCUCGUGGACAUGGUCGUAAGAUUGUUAAUAUGCCAGAAAGUCAGAGUAAGACCAAUUUUGAUUUAAGUGUUGCACAGAAAUAUUCUUUCGGAGACGCAAAUCCUACCACACCACUUAACAAUGUCGGUAAAUCAAACCAUGUGAGGCAGGAAACGGGGUUAAGUGACCAGGACGACGGAUACCGGGAACGAUUAAGGAAAGCUGCGGCCAGUAGCACAGUGUUAGAGAGACACAACAAACACCUAACUCCUCAGUAUCAUAAACAAAACAAUCCAGUGCAGUUUAGCACACCUCAGUACAAUCGCCAGAACAGUCAAUCUACAGUGAUGUCGGUGAAUUCAUCCCAGGCAUACAGCCGCCAAAGUAGUGUAACUCAAUCACAAACUUCAUCACAGCCUGAUAGAGUGAUAUCACAAAACUCUAGAGGCAAUGGCGCACAAGCACAACCCUCGAGAACAAAUGGAAAUGUUCUCACAGUUACUAACAAACUAGGAUUAAAUCACAGCCAGUAUCAAAAUAAUCAUGAACCAACCACGCCGUCACAAAUCCAACAGUUUCCUAAAGACAAUACUCUUCAGCAACGCUUAGACUCAGAUGGGAGAGUUCCGGCUAGUGCCAUGGCCGUUGUUUCUCCUACAUUAGUUCAUCAUGGAAGUGUGACAUUCAUGGAGAUAUGAAUACAUAAUUAAAUUCUACUGACAUUUUAAUUUGAUACAUAUAGAACAUGAACUAAACUUGGUAUUAUAUAACAAACAUUUGGUUAUCUUUUAAUAUAUCAUGUUUUGAUGUCUUCAUGCCGAUUUUCAAUGUCUAGUAUCGAAAAAAGAUGACCUUUUUAAAACAUAAAUCUAUAGAUUGGAACAAUGCUUUAAUUGGUUCAAGUCCCAGUUUGUUGACAUUAUUUUAUAGCAUUAACUACAUAUAUGUUCCGUUUCAUGGCAUACAACUACUCUAUAGCCUUAUUUGAAAUAUCAUCAGGAAGGUGAUAGGUUAACUAGUUAUUUUUGUGCUUCCCGAAAAACUUAUACUGAAAUAUUGUCAAUAAAACAACAUCGUUAAACUGUCAAAAAAUAUCCCACCUGUACAUUAAAUUAACUGAUAGAACUAACAUAAACUUAUGACCCGAAUUUUUGCGCGGAUGCAGUUUAUACACUGUUUGUAAGCUCUAUAAACUAAAAGUUCAGUUAUAGUAUUAUUGUUUUUCAUUACGUAUUCAUAUACCUUUGUAAACAAACAGAGCCUACAUUUUACGUUAGGCUUGAUGAAGGAUAGCUAAACAACAACAUAAUUGAUUUUAUCUAAAUCACCAAAUAUUCUCUAAUUCCUGAUUCAGGGUAAGGAUUUUCAACAUUUACACAAUUAACUGUGAAAACAUUUUCACGAAUCCCCGAGUAAUCUAUUUAGAAUUAACGCGAAAGUUAAUAUCGCAGAAAUAACUGAUUUGCAUCACAGUACCCACAACAUUCAGUCACGAAUUCAAAAAAUACUUUUCUGAAAGCAGUACAUUGACUGAUCAGUAAAUGGUGGUCAUAUAUUUUAAUAUAAUUAUUAACUUAUUAACACAUUGUUUGUCUUGUUUCAUUUUUCGCCAUUUCGAUAUGACAAGGCAGUAGUGUAGUGUGUUUUGGUAAUCAAUCUAGUCAAUAUAUAAAAUAUUUAACUACCGUUGUGUAAGGUUGACUUCUAACGUGUGUAAACAUGAUGUAAUGAUGAUAUUAUGGAAACGAGAUAUUGUUUUAUACAGCAAUGCCAUGUGUUAAUCUGUAUCAUUACUGUCAAAUUGGAGGGUUACUCAAAUGCAUAUUAACAAGUAUAUCCAUUUAAAUGAUAUUAUAAUUUAUUCAAACGAAAAUGGAUCUCACGUAAUAGUUUAACAAGUUAACGAAACGAGAAAGCCAUGCAAAAGUUAAUUAAACAAUAAGGAACUGAUAAUUUGACACUAUUGAUAAAAACACGAAAAUGAAAUUGUCCACUAAAUUCCUAUAGAGGUUUAUAAUUCGUUAAGUUGAAAAAUCAAGUGUAAUAUAUGCAUGCCACUUGAAACAAAAUUAGUAUGUUUUGAUAUACUUAACAAGUCAUAUUUUUGCAGAAAAUUUUGUUAUGAACACUUGUUUGCAUAAAACGGCCUAUAUUGUUUUCAAUUCGACUGAAACGCAAUGGUUAGUACAGCGAAUGAUUAUAUAAUUUUAAAACUUUUAAUGAAUUAAUGUCAUUUACACCAAUAUGAUACUUAUAAAUAUACAGCGUUAUAUCAAGACCAAGUGCUAUUUAAAAUGUCGCGAAAUGGAUAUUAUAGAUUUAAAAAGAUAUUGUUUAGAAAACGUAUCUUUAAGAUCGUCCUAUAACCAUUUAUCUGUUGGUCUGUGUAGCGGGUAUUGCGAAACUAGAAAACAGAUGUUAUUCAAAUGCUAAUUGUGACCAAACAAAAGGUUUCAUUGAUGUUGAAUCACCAAGUUGCCAGAAAGUACAUCAAUAGAAAAAAAAAUACGAAUGAUUUAUCCCGCUUCUUUUCUUUUGGUAAACGUCUUACCGAGAUAAAUUUAGCGCAAGUUAAUAUAUAUAAUUUUGAAAGAUUAUUCGUUAUGCUCACUUAAAUCUUUAAGUGUGCAUUAAUUUUUGUUUUUUAUAUUAUCAUUUAUUUUAACUUUUGUCCAAAGGACAUGAUACUUGAGAAAAAUGAUGAAAGCAGCAUUUUCAUUUUUUCAUAUUUUUAUACUUUAUUAAUGAACAACAUUAAUAAAAGUGAUUCUUAA